GCUAGAAUCAAAUACGCAUGGAUUGGAUGGUUUGCAUACUCAGUUGUGCUGACUGGAAAAGUGGCUGUCUGUUUCCGACUGUUCUACACUCAGCUCCCGCCGAAAAUAUCUGACUUACACGACAAGUUCUUCGAUGAUCACCUGUUUCGGUUGGGUCUGUCGCUCAGCAUACCCGUUUUCAUAUUCCUCCUCGAAUCACAUCAUUACACAACACUAUGCAGUGAUCGACAGCUUUACCUGAUAUAUCUCAUGACCGCUGUAACAUUCGACCUCAUUGAUACCAUCUGCUUUCUCGAUCUACUCUGGCAGUCAUUCAAAGACAACUGGAAUUUACCGCUCUGGCUGGACCUCACGAUUCUAUCACUGGUUGCCGUCAAUCUUGUUAUGCCAGCUUUUGCGCUACUACGUUUACGGUUUGGUCGUCGCUUACCACGCUUUGCGCUUUUCAGUGAAAAAAUUUGGUCACUCAUCUACGUCCUAACAGUAAAUUCUUGA